CUCCUGGGUGACGCCUCCGGUGACGUCCUGGCUUCCAGCUCCAAGUUCACGUUUUGCUGGGCACAGAAGGCCUAGAUCCAUGAAGGUAGAAAGUCAUGGCUCGGACUGCCACCACUUCGAGAAGUCAGCGUUAAGUGCAAUGAGAUCAUUCGGAAGUCCAGAUCCAGGACCCGUGAGCUCUUUUAGGGGGUGUGGCGGCGCUGAUGGCAUCCUAGCCUCCGAACGCUAGGUGGCGCCGUGAACUCCGCGGGCGGUGGGGGGGGGCUCUUGGGAGCUGGAAGUUCGUUGCGCAAGCGCACUUUAGGCUUUUUCCUCUGGCCCCACGUGUGAACCUUUCCGGCAAAGUUUUCCGGGAAAAUGCCCAAAUUCAAGGCGGCUCGCGGAGCCGCAGGUCAGGAAAAACAUGCGCCCCUGGCUGAGCAGAUCCUGGCUGGGGACGCGGUGCGAGCAGGGUCCCGGGAAAAGCGGCGGGGUCGCGGGACCGGAGAAGAGGAAGAGUACGUGGGGCCCAGGCUGACCCGACGGAUUUUGCAACAAGCGCGGCAGCAGCAGGAGGAGCUGGAGGCCGAGCAUGGGACUGGGAACAAGCCCGCAGCACCACGGGAGCGCACCACGCGGCUGGGUCCAGGGGUCCCGCGGGAUGGAUCAGAUGACGAGGACGAGGAGUGGCCCACCCUGGAGAAGGCUGCCACAAUGACAGGGGCAGGCCAUCAUGCAGAAGUGGUUGUGGACCCUGAGGAUGAGCGUGCCAUUGAGAUGUUCAUGAACAAGAACCCUCCUGCCAGGCGCACCCUGGCUGACAUCAUCAUGGAGAAGCUGACCGAGAAGCAGACGGAAGUUGAGACGGUCAUGUCAGAGGUGUCAGGCUUUCCUAUGCCGCAGCUGGACCCCCGGGUUCUGGAAGUCUACAGAGGGGUCCGGGAGGUGUUAUCUAAGUACCGCAGUGGGAAGCUGCCCAAGGCCUUCAAGAUCAUCCCCGCACUCUCCAACUGGGAGCAGAUCCUCUACGUUACAGAGCCCGAGGCCUGGACAGCAGCCGCCAUGUACCAAGCCACGAGGAUUUUUGCCUCUAACCUCAAGGAACGCAUGGCCCAGCGCUUCUACAAUCUUGUCCUGCUCCCCCGGGUACGAGAUGACAUCGCUGAAUACAAACGACUCAACUUCCACCUCUACAUGGCACUCAAGAAGGCCCUGUUCAAGCCCGGAGCCUGGUUUAAAGGGAUCCUGAUCCCACUGUGUGAGUCUGGCACCUGUACCCUCCGGGAAGCCAUCAUCGUGGGUAGCAUCAUAACCAAAUGCUCCAUCCCUGUGUUGCACUCCAGUGCAGCCAUGCUGAAAAUUGCCGAGAUGGAAUACAGCGGUGCCAACAGCAUCUUCCUUCGGCUGCUGCUGGAUAAGAAGUACGCACUGCCCUACCGGGUGCUGGACGCCCUGGUCUUCCACUUCCUGGGCUUCCGGACAGAGAGGCGCGAACUGCCCGUGCUCUGGCACCAGUGCCUCCUGACUUUGGUCCAGCGCUACAAGGCAGACCUGGCCACAGAUCAGAAGGAGGCCCUCUUGGAACUGCUCCGGCUGCAGCCCCAUCCACAGCUGUCCCCUGAGAUCAGGCGUGAACUUCAGAGUGCAGUGCCCCGAGACGUGGAAGACGUUCCUGUCACCAUGGAGUGAGGAAAGUUACUCGCCCUGGUCUGAGGGGCAUGGGGGAGGCGGGGGGGGGGGACACCAGGAUCCCUGCUGGGGACACUGAGAUUUUACAGUUGAAGUCCCAGAUCAGGGCAGGGAGAGAGGUCCCAGGCAUCUGUGGCUCCCUGUACCUGACAGGGAGGAUUAAGGGUCUGGCUGGGCCCUUCUUCCAUCCUAGGCCUUCGUCCCUGUUCGGUUGUGAGACGUGACUUGAGAUGCCACAUGCCAGCAUCCCCACUCCCUGACUGGGGCUUGGAAUAGGUUCUUUUUCUCGGGCUCUUGUGUCAAGUCACUGGGAUGGGGAUAAAAACCAAAGGCAGGUAUUUAUUGAA